AUUCAUCAUUAUCUGCACACCCCCACCCCAAAGUUCUUCCCCACUUUUUUUCUUCAAGAGGACACAGGAAUCUUUUUCUUUCUUCUUCUUCUUCAUGCCACCCUCCCAUCUGACCAGAAGAAUUAUCUUCUCUACAUCCUAAGAUUUAGUUGGAAAGGAGCACAGACUCCUCGCUCUCUCUCUCUCUCUCUCUCUCUCUCUCUCUUUUUGUUGCCUCUCAAUCUUAAUGGCACUACAGAUCUAUUUCAGAAAGAAGAUGACUUGGUUGUAUUCUCCACUUCUUUAGCCCAAUGCCGGAAUCUUACUUUCCCCUCCGGUGGGAAAGCACCGGAGACCAGUGGUGGUAUGCAUCCCCUAUCGACUGGGCAGCUGCCAAUGGUCACUACGACCUCGUGCGGGAGCUGCUUCACCUUGACUCCAACCUCCUCAUAAAGCUCACAUCCCUUCGUCGGAUCCGUCGGCUUGAAACGGUCUGGGACGAUGAUGCCCGGUUCGCUGAUGUUGCCAAAUGCCGGUCCCUUGUUGCGCGGAGCCUCCUUCAUGAGUGUGAGACAAAGAACAGGAAGAAUUCUCUGAUCCGUGCUGGCUACGGUGGAUGGCUUCUCUACACUGCAGCCUCUGCAGGGGACAUUGGCUUUAUGCAAGAGCUGCUUGAUAGAGAUCCACUAUUAGUCUUUGGUGAAGGCGAAUACGGUGUCACCGACAUAUUCUACGCCGCAGCGAGGAGCAAGAACUCGGAGGUUUUUAGGCUUCUGUUUGAUUUUGCUGUGUCGCCAAGGUGUUCGAUGGGCGGUCGAGGAGAGGUGGUGGAGGGGUCAGAUGGAAGUUCUGGUUUUAGGUGGGAGAUGGUGAAUAGGGCCGUUCAUGCCGCUGCUAGAGGAGGGAACACAGUGUUCCUGAAGGAACUUCUUGAAGACUGCUUGGAUGUCUUGGCUUACAGAGACAUUCAGGGAUCGACCGUCUUGCAUACUGCUUCUGGUAGAGGGCAGCUUGAGGUAGUUAAGGAUCUACUUCUAUCUUUCGAUAUUAUUGACUCUAGAGAUAAUCAAGGGAAUACAUCACUGCAUGUGGCAGCCUUUCGAGGACACUUAACCGUUGUGGAGGCCUUGAUAAUGGCUUCUCCCUCGUCCUGCAGUUUGAUAAACGAACCUGGAGAUACUUUCCUUCAUAUGGCAGUGGCAGGUUUCAGGACUCCUGGCUUUCGGAGACUUGAUAGGCAAAUGGAGCUGAUGAAACAGUUGAUUAGUGGAACCAUAGUGAAUGUUGAAGACAUCAUCAAUGUCCGAAAUAAUGACGGAAGAACCGUCCUCCAUAUGGCAGUGAUUGGCAAUGUGCAUACUGAUCUUGUCGAACUUUUGAUGACCGUUCAAUCUAUUGACCUUAACAUUCGAGAUGCUGAUGGAAUGACACCUCUGGACAUACUCAGACAACACCCACGAUCGGCAUCAUCUGAGAUACUGAUCAAACAAAUAAUUUCUGCUGGAGGAAUUGCAAACUCAAAGGACUACAAGGCAAGGUAUGUCCUUGCUUCCCACCUCAAAAUGCAAGGUACUGGAAAUAGCCCAGGCACUUCCUUCAGGAUUGCGGAUGCCGAGAUAUUCUUGUACACGGGCAUCGAAGCAUCAGAGGUCAGUGGGAGGCCUAGCUCAUGCUCGAGUACCAGCAAGAGCGAAGUCAGCCACCCCAGUGCCACGGAUGAAAACCAUGGGUCUUCAGAUAGAAAGAAACAAAGUUCUGUCAGCAAUGCGGCAAGACGUCUCAAGAUUCUACUCAGGUGGCCCCGUCGGAAAGAGAAGACAACUGAGACACCAAAAAGGGUUGGUGAUGACGACUCAUUUGACUCGUUCAAGAAAUUGGUCAACCAAGAAGACACUCCAACUCCCCUCCGACAACGAUUCUCUAAGGCUACAUCACUUCUGAACAACAAGCGGACUCUUUCUGUGAGAAGCACCAUCCCAAGUCCUUCAACAAAGAAGAAAUUUACCGCAGGUCUGAUGCACGGGGUGUUUCAAUCCAUGCCGCAUCUGGCUCCCUCGGCACGCACUCCCUCUAGUUUGUUCUCAAAGUCAUCAAAACCAUCAUCCACAAUGGAGAAACAAAAAGGCAUCCUUUUGGAGAAUGAAAACGAUGGUGCCUCUUGUUCCAGUUCCUCGAAUAAUUGCGGCGCGACAGAAAACAUGACCCCAAGAUCUAGUCUUGUAAGUAUUAGACUGAUGAAUCAGUACUUCUGCUUUGGGGCACAGAACCUGGCAACGGAUGAUUCAGGCAGCGAAAAGCAAUCUAAUCAAGCAUCCAAGUGCUCGUUGGUAUCAGUGGCUUGAGACGGUUUAGUAGGAAACUCGAGAAACCGAUGUUUUCGGUACAGUCAAAUCUCUUGGCUGGCCCGUGCAAGUUGUCUAAUUUCCACCGGGCAUGCUAGUUUGUCCUAGUCUUUGCAUCCUUGUUAUAUUGUCGUUGGCACUGAUGACAUAUUUCGAGUUGAUAUUAGCUAUCAGAUGCUUUUCUAAGGAAACUAAGGAAAUUAAAUAUAACUAGUAAUGAUGGUUUUUAGUUCA